CAGGGAUUUUGUCCAGUCCAGCAUUGGCUAAUGCCAAACCUCGAUGUGGAAAUUGUGAUGUUGAAAGAGUCUAUUGAAUUAGCAACAUUAACUCUUACCAGUGAUCAAGUCAAUUCGUAACGCAUUUUGAAAAUAUAGGGAAGCGAAAAUUUUUUGAAAAUGAAGGGAUUGUUUACUCUGUACAUAUUAAUCCUCUGCACAAUCACGAGAAUAAAUUCUCAAUGCAUAACCGAGAAUGACAAUCCAACGUCGAUGAACCCAGAUGCCAAGAACUUGCUGACAGCUGCCAAAUUCAAGUUCACACUCGAUGCAUUCAGAAAAUCAUCGGCUAUCGAGCCCAAGGAUAAUUUAUUCUUCAGUCCUCACAGUUUGCACGAGGCUUUAACUCUAGUUUACUUUGGUGCACGUGGUACAACAUCGGAGUCUCUGAGAAGAGCACUCCAAAUACCUCAACAUCUCUCCAAGAUUGAUGUCCAACGGAUUUACUCCCUCAACAGGGCUUUCAAAAAUAUUCAAGAGUUUCUGGGAAAUGGCUCAUCAGAUUACGAAUUCAGGACUGCCAAUCGCCUGUACAUCAGCAGUGCCAAGAAGGUACAGCAGUGUAUAGUGGACAUCUUCAACCAGGAGAUUGAAAAAGUGGACUUCGGGAUGGAUCCCAAUGCUGUGAGAGUGAGAAUCAAUGAUUGGGUCAGUAAUACCACAAAAGGACAGAUAAAGGAUUUGAUUCCCUCGGAUGGAAUCGACGAGACGAGCGAUCUGGUGCUCGUCAAUGCUGUCUACUUCAAGGGACUCUGGCAGAGUAAAUUUGACAGCGCCAACUCCAACAGGGACAUCUUCUACGGCUCCAAAAAUUCAUUCGUCACUUUCAUGAGGCAGAAGACGACAUUCAAUCACAUGGUUUCGGAAGAACUCGGUGCCCACGUUCUGCAGCUGCCCUACAAGGGCAAGGACAUCUCGAUGUUCAUAAUUCUCCCGCCAUUCGCAAUGGCGAGAUCUCUGUAUGAAGAUGGAACAGCUGGUGAUGAUGGAAUCAGACAAGUAAUCGAGAGAAUGACGACUACCGAGAGGGGAAUCCAGGAGCUCGAGGACAUCCUUAACGACGGAAUGCCCUCCAAAGAGGUCGAGGUGUCACUUCCUCGUUUUACAGUGGAGAAGGAGCUGCCUGUUGCUCGUCUCCUGGUGGAAAUGGGAGCUGGUGAGCUUGUCAGUCAGAAUGCAGCUGAUCUCAGUGGUUUCGUGGAGCAACCUGAUCGCGUUCAUCUCGGUGAUGCUGUACACAGAGCAAAAAUUGAGUUAAACGAGGAGGGAACAACAGCUGCUGCUGCCACUGCCAUCUUCAGCUUCAGAUCCAGCAGACCUGCUGAACCUGCUGUCUUCAAGGCCAAUCAUCCUUUUAUUUAUUUGCUGUACGACAAGGAGAGCAAGUCCAUCAUCUUCUCGGGGAUCUAUCGCACACCCACUACUCCAUCGGAGACCUAAAUUAUCUGUCCUCAAUUUUCAGAUUUUAAUCCAGACUUAAUCGUUGAGUUGCCAGUGGAUCAAAAGAGACUAAAUCAUGAAAUCAAUCUCUGGGAUUAAUUCAUCAUGAUAGUUUUAGUAUCUGUAGACAAUCUGUUUAUUUUUAAGAUAACGUCCUGACACGAAUAUAUUGAGUAUUUAUUUUUACAUUUUUAAAUCGAUAUUUUUUUUAUUUUUCACCUGAUAUUUUGAAACUCAUUCUUGUUCUUUUCGUUAUUAAAAUUAAUAGAUGUUAUCAGAAUAAAGAUAUUUAUAGAUAUUUCGUAUAAAAAUUUAUAACAAAUAGGAAAUUAAUGAGGAGAAAUGAAACAUCAGUUGCAAAGUGGUGAAAUAAAGAGAGUAGAUUUUCUUUA